AUGCCGACUGACAUUGAAGACGAGAUCAAGGAUGAGAAGAAUCUACGCCCUCUCGAUGAAGACGAUAUAGCUCUCCUCAAGACUUAUGGGCUGGGACCUUAUUCCAACAGCAUCAAGAAAGCUGAAAAGGAUGUAAAGGAAAUGGCCAAAAGGAUCAAUGAUUUAUGUGGUAUCAAGGAGUCUGACACUGGUUUAGCCACACCUAGCCAAUGGGAUCUUGUUUCUGAUAAACAAAUGAUGCAAGAGGAGCAACCACUUCAGGUGGCUAGAUGCACAAAGAUAAUCAAUCCAAACACAGAAGACGCAAAAUACGUUAUAAAUGUCAAGCAAAUCGCAAAGUUUGUUGUCGGGUUAGGUGACAAAGUUUCACCUACUGAUAUUGAAGAAGGCAUGCGUGUUGGCGUUGAUCGCAACAAAUAUCAGAUUCAGAUUCCAUUACCUCCCAAGAUUGAUCCAAGUGUGACCAUGAUGACAGUGGAGGAAAAGCCAGAUGUCACAUAUAACGAUGUUGGUGGAUGCAAAGAACAAAUUGAAAAGAUGAGAGAGGUGGUUGAGCUACCAAUGCUCCACCCUGAGAAAUUUGUCCAGCUUGGAAUCGACCCCCCAAAAGGUGUCCUCUGUUAUGGUCCACCUGGCACUGGGGCCCGCAUGGUUCGUGAGCUCUUCCAAAUGGCACGCUCAAAGAAAGCAUGCAUUGUUUUCUUUGAUGAAGUUGAUGCAAUUGGUGGGGCCCGGUUUGAUGAUGGGGCUGGUGGUGAUAAUGAGGUUCAAAGAACCAUGCUUGAAAUUGUCAACCAACUUGAUGGAUUUGAUGCACGUGGUAACAUCAAAGUUCUAAUGGCCACAAAUAGACCAGAUACAUUGGACCCUGCAUUGUUAAGACCUGGAAGAUUGGAUAGGAAAGUGGAGUUUGGACUUCCGGAUAUGGAAAGUAGGACACAGAUAUUCAAGAUUCAUACACGGACAAUGAACUGUGAAAGAGAUGUUCGGUUUGAACUUUUGGCUCGCCUUUGCCCGAAUUCUACUGGUGCGGAUAUCAGGAGUGUGUGUACAGAGGCUGGAAUGUAUGCGAUUAGAGCAAGGAGGAAGACGGUGACAGAGAAGGAUUUUCUUGAUGCAGUUAAUAAGGUGAUUAAAGGGUAUCAGAAGUUUAGUGCUACUCCUAAAUACAUGGUUUAUAAUUGAUUUCGAUUUCACUAGGCUUGUUUUAUCCAUUAAGACCAUAUUUUCAGUCUGAAACCUAUUUCUUCUUUUUGUAUUUCCUUUGAAACCCAUUUAGAUCUUAUUUGCAGUUUCAGUUCAUAACGGUUCUCUAAUAAACGUCGCUUGUUUAUUUAUAUAUUUGUUUUAAGACAAAAGGGUAAAAUGGUCAUUUUAUCGUUUGGUGGAAAAAACCAGCCUUUGUUUAUA